UAUUACUUUUGUUUUCCAUCAACAAAAUGCAUUAUACAAUUACUUCCAUUUUAUUUUUAUUUUCUGUUCUAGGAAUCGUCAAUUCAGUCGAUUUCACUCGAUGUGAUUCUCCCGGAGGAGAGGUUCUUAGUCUGAGUAUUGAAGGAUGUGUGAAUGACGAGGCGGAUAAGUGUAGUAUUUUUCCUGGCAGCUUGGUUUCAAUUUCUGUCUCAAUUAAAGCUCUCAUACCGUUUGAAAGUGCAUACGCCCAGGCUCUUCUGACUGAUACGGUAAAAGGGACAAAAAUACCUUUCAUUUACCCUGUAGGGAACAUCUGCCAUCUUGGUAUUCGUUGUCCCGUUCAGGCUGGUGACAUCAUUCAAUAUUCUGAGCAGUAUAAAAUAAAUAAUGGUUAUGUUUUUAGCAUGCUAAAUUUAGGAAAGUUUCAAGUUUUGGUUCGAGAUUCGAAAGACGAUACCGUUAUUGCUUGCGUUGAAUUACAAAUAUCUUUUAAUAGCUCCAAUUAAAUAUACUUUUAAAUAUUUCACGUUAUUAAUGUAAACUCUUAUAAAAUUUAUAAAUUACGAAAUGUAAGUACAAAAAAACGUUUAAUCUGAAAACAUUUUUCUUUCUCCAAUCCUCAUUAAGUCGAAGAGGAUUGUCGGUUGGGCCAACACCCUGUACAAUAUCAAACUGUAUUAAAGCCUCUUUACCAGGCAAUGCGUCCUCUGUUAGUGACUGGAUUUGUCAAUUUAGUACAAUAUUCGCCAAUAGUGUGAAUAUCGAAGUUUGAUGUAAUGCAUUACGCGAAAUUAGAUUUUCGAAUAAAUUCAGUGUAUCGUAGAAAGAUAAUUUAAUGGUAUUUGAUUGUAUAAUAUUAAUUCGUGAUAUUUAUUAAAAUCAUUAUCAUAGCAUCGUAUUAUUCUACGAAUGAUUCAGAUAAAUGCCAUUAAUUGGGUUAUUCCACUGCUGUUUACUUUGAAUCUGAAUAAAAAGUAGAUUACUGUAUUUUUAUUUUUUAUGUAUAGUACAGUUGUACAUAUACAGCAAGUAUACGCGUGAUUUAUUGUAUGAGAAAUUGUUGUGACAAGUAAAAUUUUCCAUUUUCUGUCGUUUUUAUUGAAACUUCACGGAGUAAGAGAUUAUUCGAGAGUGUAUUAUGUACUGUACUGUACAGUAAACCCCGGUAACUCGGACCCUGUCAGCUCGGCUUGGCAUAACUCAUACAAACUAUUUUAAAAAGUUGUACAGUAAUUUAAAAUUUAUUCACAAUCGAAAGAUUGUAAUAAACGAGUAACUAUAAUUAUAACAAAAUUGUUAUUAUCCAGUGUUUUUAAAUACGGAAAUGUGUGAUACCGUGAAUUAUAUUACUGUAUUUGGUGAAUUAGUAACGCAUCAGAGAAAACACCUCGCUAUCUCGGACAAUCUUCACUCUUUAUUAGUCCGAGUGAGCGGAAAUUUCUUGCUUUUCCGUUUUCAGUCUAGAAUUUUAUUUAUCCGUUUAAUUGUCGGUUAAUUUUGAAUAUCGGGUUUCAGCCCCCUCUGCAGAC